UAAAAACCUCUUUUUUUGCACAAAAACGCUUCUUAUUAGGACGUUAUGGCUAAGAUCUCUAAGUCUACGAAAAAAUUCGAAAAAAAACGGCUUCAAAAGGCCCUUGAACGGAGACGUGCGAUCAAAAAGAUAAGAAGCAGAUAUAAGUCCUCUAAAAACAGAGAUAUCAAAGAAAAACCUAAAGAAACAGAUAGAACAGACUCAGGAGAAGAGAUAUCAUCCGUUUUUUUCUCUGAAAAUGCCCCAGAUAGUCUCUCAGAAGGCAUAUCUGGUGAAGAAGAAAGUGAUGAGCCAUUGAGCAGGAAUGGCGGACAUAAAGCACAGCUCGAGGCCUUAAAAGAAGAGGAUCCAGAGUUUUAUAAGUAUCUUGAAGAAGAAGAAGCGGAAUUGCUUGAGUUUCAGGACUCAGAUAUAGAAAAAAUAGAGGAAGAGGGCAAAAAAGAUGAUAUGAAUCGCGGGACAUUAACGCUAUCAAUUCUGGAAGAAUGGGAGAAGGGUCUUAUUGAAGAAAAAUCUCUAAAAAUUCUGAAAAAAUUGGUGAUAGCAGUUCAUAAAGUAGUUAAAUUUAAUGAAAAAACGGAUAUUUCGAUGAAUUCGAUUAUUAGUGAUCCAGAAGUUUUUAAUGCACUUAUUGUUUUAGCGUUUAAACAGGUUCCUUAUAUAUUAUAUGAUUAUUUCCAAUCAAAAAAAUCUAUGCAUAAGAAAGAAAAGAGUCGGGAUGAAAAAAAAGAGAAAGAAUUAUUAUUUAUUUUUAGAGUACAAUUUUCAAAUGUAUUACGUCUCUUGCAUGAUUUAACAGAUCCAAAUAUGUUGAAUUUGAUACUGAAAGGGACAGAAAAACUUAUACCAUGUGCUCUUACACAUAGAAAGUUUAUGAAAAAUUUGAUAAAACUUUUAGCAAAUUUAUGGAGUACACAAUCUCAUGAUCAAAUCAGAAAUUCUAUACAUUCUAUAAUAGAAAAGAUAUUUUCUACAAAUGAUAAGAAUUAUAUAGAAUAUGGCCUUAAAACAUUUUAUACAGCGUUUAUUCAACAAUCAUCUCAAACAAAUGCUAUUACAUUACCUUUUAUUUGUUCUAUGAAAGAUUUUAUGUCAAAACUUUUUGGUGUUGAUCAAGUCAUCUCAUAUCAAAUUUCUUUUAAAUGUAUUCGCCAAUUAGCAAUUUAUUUACGUAAUGCAAUUGUUAAACAAGAUAAGGUGUCUUAUAAAGAAGUUUAUAAUUGGAAAUAUGUAAAUUCCAUUGAUUUUUGGUCACUUGUUUUAUCUAACUAUUACAAUAAAAUUGAGAAAAAAACACAUACAUCAAUAAUGCAAGAUCUAAUUUAUCCAUUGGUUCAAGUAACUCUAGGAACAAUCAAAUUUGCAUCCUUAGUUCAAUUCUUUCCUUUGAAGUUUCAUCUUAUUCGAAGUUUAAUUCGCAUUUCUCAUCAUACAAAAGUUUAUAUUCCUUUGGCGCCUUAUAUUUUCGAAGUUUUAGAAUCCAAAGAAAUAAAGAAUAAACCGAGUCCAUCCACUGCAAAACCUAUUGAUUUUGAGUUAUGUAUACGUGCACCAAAAUCCUAUCUUAAAGGGAAAGUUUAUCAAGAUGGAUUAAUUGAACAAAUCAUUGAAUUACUACAAGAAAUCUAUUCAUUGCAAUGUAAAUCAAUAGCGUUCCCAGAAAUGGCAAUGCCCAUAAUAAUUCAGAUAAAACGGUACAUUAAGCAAUCAAAAAAUCCCAAAUUAAAUAAGAUGUUAUCAAUUUUUAUAGAGAAACUUAAAGAGAAUUCUGAAUUUAUCAAUUCUCGAAGAAGUUCUAUAGAAUUUUCACCAGGAAACAUAGACGAAAUGUGCACCUUUUUAGAAGAUUAUGAUUGGGAUAAAACUCCUCUAGGAAAAUAUGUUUGUCAACAAAGAAGAAUAAGACAAAAAUUAAAAAAAGUUGAAACAAAUUAGCAGAAACAAAAUCUGUAUCAGGAAUUGUCUGGCGUAUUGAAAACUA